UCUUCCGGUGUGCUGCUGGUUGCUAAGGAGACCGCCGACCGCUUGUUUAUGCUGGUAACUGACAACUGAAGAGCCUGGACGACUGAAUCCAACAUGAAUGAAGAGGAUCGAUAUGUGUUUAUUGCUGAAUGGUAUGAUCCAAAUGCUGCUCUUCAAAGGCGUUAUCAGCUCCUCUUCUAUCCUAAGGAUGGAUCUGUUGAAAUGUAUGAUGUGAAGAGCCAUCGGGUUUUUUUAAGGCGUACCAAGUAUGAAGCAUUACAUAAAGAAGACUUAUAUGUUGGCAACAAAAUAAAUGUAUUUUCUCGUCAUCUUCAUCUUGUUGACUACGGAGAUCAAUAUACUUCCCGCAGGCUUGGCAGCAAAAAGGAAAAAACUUUGGUUAUGAUUAAACCUGAUGCUGUAACCAAGAUAGGUUCAAUUAUCGAAGCAAUUCUUGAUUCAGGAUUCCUCAUAACAAAGGCAAAAAUGGUUCAGCUUUCUCGAACAGAAGCUAUGGAUUUCUAUGCUGAACAUCGAUCAAAGUCAUUUUUCAAUGACCUGAUUAAUUUUAUGACAAGUGGACCAAUCAUAGCAAUGGAAGUGAUAGGAGAUGAAGCCGUAGCUUCUUGGAGAAAGCUGCUGGGGCCAACCAACUCCAGUGUUGCGCGUAGUGACUCUCCAGAAAGCAUCCGAGCCAGAUUUGGUACUGAUGGAACCAAGAAUGCGGCUCACGGAUCUGACUCCAUUGCCUCCGCUGCUCGAGAGUUAGAGUUUUUCUUUCCGUCCAGUGGAGGCCGUGGACCAAAGAAUACCGCAACAUUUACUCAAAGCACCUGCUGCAUUAUUAAGCCUCAUGCUGUUUCCGAAGGCCUAACAGGAAAAAUUAUUAAUUACAUAUUGGAUGGAGGCUUUGAAAUUUCUGCACUGCAAAUGUUUACUAUGGAAAAAGCAAAUGCUGAAGAAUUCUAUGAAGUUUACAAAGGUGUUGCAGCUGAGUAUAUAGAAAUGCUAAGUGAAUUGUGUUCUGGCCCUUGUAUUGCUAUGGAAAUUCGGGGACCAAAUGCUCCAAAGUCCUUCAGAGAGUUUUGCGGACCAGCAGAUCCUGAAAUAGCCCGUCAUUUACGACCAAAGACCAUUCGUGCUUAUUUUGGGAAGAAUAAAGUGAAAAAUGCAGUUCACUGUACUGAUCUUCCAGAAGAUGCGGUUCUAGAGAUACAAUAUUUCUUCAAGAUCCUAGACAACUAAAAUCCCCCCCAAAAAAAGAGAUGAAGACAAGAGAAUUGAUUUAUUCAUUUUAUUGUCUGAUGUUUUGACUGAAAGAGCAUUGUACUCUUUGCAAAUAUUACAGAUGUUUGAACAAUGUGCACACAGUAGACACAUGAUACAUCCUAUGGAUACUGCAUUGCAUUUUUUUUUUUAAAUAAAGAUUUAUUUUUCAACA